AUGGCGUCGUCGAAUAUUGGGCGAUUGGGCGCCGGGAGGACGACACUCACAUGUAUAUCAUCGCAUCCAAGGAGGUUCUUGGGAACAUUGGCACUGGAAACAGAUAAUGACUUGGUGGAGCUGGAAACUCCAAUUUUUAUUACAUCGGAAACAACAAUCGCUGCUGGUGAAUUGGCUGACGGUGGUCUCGCCGUUCAGGUAACAUCAUCCAGUAUAGUAGUGGUGGCGGAAGGACAGCAGCUGCAGCACAUUCCACUACAACAGACUUUCCCAGCCAGAAGCGCCUCUAUUGUUGAUCCAUACAUUGCCAUAUGUACACAAAAUGGGCGUCUGCUGCUUUACGAGUUAACCAAUCAUCCGCAUGUGCAUCUCAAGGUAUUUUAUGGCAUAUUGGGCUGA